GCGGGCGUGGAUGCUCGCAAAAAGGCAGAGGACGAGGAGGUAGACUACCAGGGCAACCAGUUCGGCAAGAAACUACGGGCUCUUUUUUUCGGGCAUUUGGCGGACAUGGCGCCCGCAGCCGCGUCGGCCCUCCUUGAUCAGUUCGGCCUCGCCGCUCCGCGCCUGCGGGCUGGCCGAUCAUCCGCGCCAGAGGCGAGCUCCUUCGCGGGCAUCCCGGCCACGGUCGGGUUGGGCGCGGCGGCCAUCGCCGUGGGCUCCUCGGUGGUCACGCGCCGCGCGGCCGCGGUGAAGAAGAAGGGCGUGAAGGUCGUCCAGCAGCUGGACGGCAGGGAGAUCCCAUGGAACCUGUUCAUGCCGAAGGCGCCGUACCAGGGCAAAGUGAUUAAGAACGACGUGCAGGCGCACACCAUCACCAAGCCCAACAGCAGCUCCCCUGGCGAUGCCAACUGGGAGACGACGCACGUGACCUUCGACCACGGGGGCAAGGUGCCCUACGUGGAGGGACAGUCCAUCGGGGUCAUCGCGCCCGGCCCCGACAAGAAGGGCGAGACCCCGGCCAAGAUUCGUCUCUACUCCAUCGGCUCGUCGGCCGUCGGUGACUGCCAGGACUCCAAGACGGUCUCCCUCUGCGUCAAGCGUGUCGUCGAGGUGGAGGAGGAGAAGUGGCCCCUCAAGCACUCCAACCGCGAGGUCGGAGAAGACAAGCCUGACAAGGCCGGCACCUGCUUCCCCGACGCCAAGGUCUACCGCGGCGUGUGCUCGAACCACAUUUGCGACAUGAGCGAGGGUGACGAGGUCCUGAUCACGGGCCCGACCGGCGCCGAGAUGCUGCUGCCGAAUGAGCAGGACUGCAACAUCAUCAUGCUCGCGACGGGCACCGGCAUCGCGCCGAUGCGCUCCUACAUGCGCCUGCUCUUCCACGACAAGGUCGGCGCCAACCCCGACGGCACCCGCAAGUUUCAGGGCUUGGCGUGGCUCUUCCUCGGCGUCCCUUACUCGAACUCGCUGCUCUACGUCGACGAGCACGACGAGUACACGAAGCAGUUCCCCGACCAGUUCCGCGCCGACUACGCGAUCUCGCGUGAGCAGAAGAACGCCGCGGGCCAGAGGAUGUACAUCCAGACGAGGAUGGCGGAGUACGCGGAGGAGCUCUGGGAGCUGAUGCAGUCUCCAAAGACCCACAUCUACAUGUGCGGCCUGAAGGGCAUGGAGGCGGGCAUGGAGGAGUGCUUCUCGCCCCUCGCGGCGAAGGCAGGUGUCGACUGGAAGGAGUUCGCGAAGGAGAUGAAGAAGAACCACCGCUACCACGUCGAGGUGUACUGCUGUGCGCAGCUGUGCUGCGCCGACCCCGAGGUCGGUACGAUCGAGAUCGAUGCAGCCAACACGUCGGCUACGCCACGACCGUUGCUCACUUGGGUUCUUCGCUUCAUCUGCCUCUUAUACCCGUUCGGCAAUUCCGAGCCGCCGUACUUCGUCUUCUUCUGGUUCUUCCUCGACGCGGUCUUCGACAGGAACUUCACUACCAGCUACACGAGCGCUGUUCCAGGACGAGGCGUCCAGACGAAGUGGAGCCAGGACACGGCGAUCGGCAACAGGGGCGACGUAGGGAAGAUUCUGUGCGGCCGCGUCCAGCAGCUGUACGAAGACUACCUGCGGCGUCACCGACCCGUGCUGGUCGAGAACCUGGGCGUGAAGGCGCGCUACGACAGGACGUUCACGGCAGCCGAAGACGGUGAAGGGGCGCAGGUGUGCAAGACGCUGUUCCCUGGCCAUUGGCACGAUAGCCAGACCAGCGCCUUCAGCCACAAGGUCCUCAACGUAUCCUUUGGGAGCGUUGGGGAGCGCACCGUGCGCAACAUCCUGUCCAAGGAGUUCUCGUCGAACGCGUCCAGGUUCGAGGUGGACCCAGCUGCAAUCCACCAGCAGCUCCACCGCUCCGAGGAAAUCCACGACAAGCCCGACGCGUGCAGUGCCACCCCCAUAGGGCUGCCCGCCCCUGCCGCAGACUCCGAGCCUCUUGCCCCGUGGACGAUGUCGCUGGCGUUUGUCGCCGCCCCCCCCGCCGUGGCGCCCGAGGCCGCUCCGCGCCUGCGGGCCGGCCGAUCAUCCGCGCCAGACGCGAGCUCCUUCGCGGGCAUCCCGGCCACGGUCGGGUUGGGCGCGGCGGCCAUCGCCGUGGGCUCCUCGGUGGUCACGCGCCGCGCGGCCGCGGUGAAGAAGAAGGGCGUGAAGGUCGUCCAGCAGUUGGACGGCAGGGAGAUCCCAUGGAACCUGUUCAUGCCGAAGGCGCCGUACCAGGGCAAAGUGAUCAAGAACGACGUGCAGGCGCACACCAUCACCAAACCCAACAGCAGCUCCCCUGGCGAUGCCAACUGGGAGACGACGCACGUGACCUUCGACCACGGGGGCAAGGUGCCGUACGUGGAGGGACAGUCCAUCGGGGUCAUCGCGCCCGGCCCCGACAAGAAGGGCGAGACCCCGGCCAAGAUCCGUCUCUACUCCAUCGGCUCGUCGGCCGUCGGUGACUGCCAGGACUCCAAGACGGUCUCCCUCUGCGUCAAGCGUGUCGUCGAGGUGGAGGAGGAGAAGUGGCCCCUCAAGCACUCCAACCGCGAGGUCGGAGAAGACAAGCCUGACAAGGCCGGCACCUGCUUCCCCGACGCCAAGGUCUACCGCGGCGUGUGCUCGAACCACAUUUGCGACAUGAGCGAGGGUGACGAGGUCCUGAUCACGGGCCCGACCGGCGCCGAGAUGCUGCUGCCGAAUGAGCAGGACUGCAACAUCAUCAUGCUCGCGACGGGCACCGGCAUCGCGCCGAUGCGCUCCUACAUGCGCCUGCUCUUCCACGACAAGGUCGGCGCCAACCCCGACGGCACCCGCAAGUUUCAGGGCUUGGCGUGGCUCUUCCUCGGCGUCCCUUACUCGAAUUCGCUGCUCUACGUCGACGAGCACGACGAGUACACGAAGCAGUUCCCCGACCAGUUCCGCGCCGACUACGCGAUCUCGCGUGAGCAGAAGAACGCCGCGGGCCAGAGGAUGUACAUCCAGACGAGGAUGGCGGAGUACGCGGAGGAGCUCUGGGAGCUGAUGCAGUCUCCGAAGACCCACAUCUACAUGUGCGGCCUGAAGGGCAUGGAGGCGGGCAUGGAGGAGUGCUUCUCGCCCCUGGCGGCGAAGGCAGGUGUCGACUGGAAGGAGUUCGCGAAGGAGAUGAAGAAGAACCACCGCUACCACGUCGAGCAUUCCAGCGCUCAGCAGGGGGCGCUGGGCACCCGUAGGACUCGCACAAACCGUGCCUCGCCCUUGCGCGUAGGCUGUGCGCAGCUGUGCUGCGCCGACCCCGAGAUCGGUACGAUCGAGAUCGAUGCAGCCAACACGUCGGCUACGCCACGACUGUUGCUCACUUGGGUUCUUCGCUUCAUCUGCCUCUUAUAUCCGUUCGGCAAUUCCGAGCCGCCGUACUUCGUCUUCUUCUGGUUCUUCCUCGACGCGGUCUUCGACAGGAACUUCACUACCAGCUACACGAGCGCUGUUCCAGGACGAGGCGUCCAGCCCGACGCGUGCAGUGCCACCCCCAUAGGGCUGCCCGCCCCUGCCGCAGACUCCGAGCCUCUUGCCCCGUGGACGAUGUCGCUGGCGUUUGUCGCCGCCCCCCCCGCCGUGGCGCCCGAGGCCGCUCCGCGCCUGCGGGCCGGCCGAUCAUCCGCGCCAGACGCGAGCUCCUUCGCGGGCAUCCCGGCCACGGUCGGGUUGGGCGCGGCGGCCAUCGCCGUGGGCUCCUCGGUGGUCACGCGCCGCGCGGCCGCGGUGAAGAAGAAGGGCGUGAAGGUCGUCCAGCAGUUGGACGGCAGGGAGAUCCCAUGGAACCUGUUCAUGCCGAAGGCGCCGUACCAGGGCAAAGUGAUCAAGAACGACGUGCAGGCGCACACCAUCACCAAGCCCAACAGCAGCUCCCCUGGCGAUGCCAACUGGGAGACGACGCACGUGACCUUCGACCACGGGGGCAAGGUGCCCUACGUGGAGGGACAGUCCAUCGGGGUCAUCGCGCCCGGCCCCGACAAGAAGGGCGAGACCCCGGCCAAGAUCCGUCUCUACUCCAUCGGCUCGUCGGCCGUCGGUGACUGCCAGGACUCCAAGACGGUCUCCCUCUGCGUCAAGCGUGUCGUUGAGGUGGAGGAGGAGAAGUGGCCCCUCAAGCACUCCAACCGCGAGGUCGGAGAAGACAAGCCUGACAAGGCCGGCACCUGCUUCCCAGACGCCAAGGUCUACCGCGGCGUGUGCUCGAACCACAUUUGCGACAUGAGCGAGGGUGACGAGGUGCUGAUCACGGGCCCGACCGGCGCCGAGAUGCUGCUGCCGAAUGAGCAGGACUGCAACAUCAUCAUGCUCGCGACGGGCACCGGCAUCGCGCCGAUGCGCUCCUACAUGCGCCUGCUCUUCCACGACAAGGUCGGCGCCAACCCCGACGGCACCCGCAAGUUUCAGGGCUUGGCGUGGCUCUUCCUCGGCGUCCCUUACUCGAACUCGCUGCUCUACGUCGACGAGCACGACGAGUACACGAAGCAGUUCCCCGACCAGUUCCGCGCCGACUACGCGAUCUCGCGUGAGCAGAAGAACGCCGCGGGCCAGAGGAUGUACAUCCAGACGAGGAUGGCGGAGUACGCGGAGGAGCUCUGGGAGCUGAUGCAGUCUCCGAAGACCCACAUCUACAUGUGCGGCCUGAAGGGCAUGGAGGCGGGCAUGGAGGAAUGCUUCUCGCCCCUCGCGACGAAGGCAGGUGUCGACUGGAAGGAGUUCGCGAAGGAGAUGAAGAAGAACCAUCGCUACCACGUCGAG